AUGUUCAUCCCCCACCACUCCUUCUCCUCCACAACCCUCAUCCUCACCCUCCUCCAAUACCUCCACCCGGCAUCCUCUCAGACCAACCUGCCCUCCUCACCCACCACCACAUCCUCCCUCCCCACAACCUCCACCCCGGUCGACUCCCCCUAUUACAACUUCACCUAUCCCACCUUCCCGGAUGACUACGACAGUGGCAUCCAAGUCUCGUAUAAAGACACCAUCGACGUGUCCUGGAUCGCGAACGGAGUACAAAAUACGCCCGUGCUGCAGAUACAGUGCUGGACUCGAAAUGAUUCGAACUACCAAAGCCGCCCAUCCUACACCCACAACAUAACCUCAUCCCCCAGCCCCGAAUACCCCCUCCCUCUCGCACGGUACCGACAAUACAGCCCCUGCGAACUGCGACUCCUGGAUCCCCAUCAGACGUCCUUCACCAAUGGCAGCGAGAGCGCGACGAGCGUCGCGUUCUUCAUCAGCGAGGACACGAACGCUUCGACGGCCGGCGUGACCUGGAGCGAGGAUAACGCGGCGCCGAAAGUGGCGGUGGAUGCGGGCGUCGCGACUGCGGCGAGUGGGAGUGCGGGCGUGUAUCAUAAAGGUGUGAUGGCGUUAAUGUGGGCGUUUGUGGGAGCGUUGGCGGCGGCUACGGUGCUGUUGUGA